CCCGGAGGGCCGUGCAGACAGGACCCCGGUGCCUCCCUGUGGGGCUCCCCCACGGGGAGCCCCCUCCCUGCCGCCCGGAAGUGCAGGGGCCCGGGAGCAGCCGGGGCGGGACUGUUCCGGGAGGGACCGGCUCACCUGCUCCGCCCUCUGACUCAAGUCAGGACAGGCAGCCUGGCUCCCGGGCUCAGCAGCCUGGGAGGAGGGACGCAGGGACACAGAGCUGGGGCCGGGCGCUGGCACUGGCAGGGUUAGCGAGAGGACAGUGGGAGCCAGGGGGCCAGGUCCCAGAGCAGCGGGAGGCCCCCUGUGGCCAGGGAGACCCCCGGGCCAUAGCAUGUGACACCCUGGGUCCCCGACCUGGGCUCCGAGGCUGCGUUCGGACUCUGGACUCCGGGAGGAACCACAGAAGCAGCUGGGGAAGCUCCAGGCCGCCGGCGCGGCCCGGCCCAGGCCGGGAGGGGUGCCGUGCCUCCUGGCCCCAGAAGCCCACCAUGGAGGCCAAGGACGAGGCCAGCGACACCGACAGCGGCGUCAUCCUGCAGUCUGGACCCGACAGCCCGGUGUCGCCGCUGAAGGAGCUGAAGGGGGCCAAGGAGCUGACGCACGCCAUGCGCAAGCAGCAGCGGGCGCUGGAGGCGCGCCUGGAGGCCUGCCUGCAGGAGCUGCGCGGGCUGUGCCUGCGGGAGGCGGAGCUGACGGGCGUCCUGCCAGCCGAGUACCCCCUCAAACCUGGGGAAACAGCCCCCAAAGUCCGCCGCAGGAUCGGGGCCGCCUACAAGCUGGAUGAGCGGGCCCUGCACAGAGAGGACCCCCUGAGCGGCCUGGAGCAGGAGCUGGCCCUGCAGCUGCAGAUCGCCGAGGCCGCGCGCCGCCUGAGCCGCGAGGAGAGGCUGAGCCGGCAGGCCCGCCGGCAGCGGAAGCGCGCCCUGCUGCAGGAGGAGCAGAGGCUGCGCGCCCUGGAGCGCUGCCUGGGCGAGCAGCGGCGCCACCGCGCCUCCCUCCCCGCCGCCGCGCCGGCCCUGGACCCAGAGCUCUGCGUCUCGGACGACAGCUCCCUCUCAGACGGGCUGCUCCUGGAGGAAGAGGAGGCCCGGGUGCCGGAGCCCGCCCCGGCGUCCCCGCCCCAGAGCCUGGAGGGGCUGCAGCCUGCGGGGCCCGAGCCGGGGGGCCUGGACCCGGCCCCCAUCCAGAACGGCCCCUGGAAGGAGACCAGCCUGGACCAGCCCUACCAGAAGCCGGGGAAGGCUUCAGACUCCAGCAGCGAGUCCAGCAGCCCGGCCACCACGCCACAGGACUGGCCCGCCUCCUGCCACGCGGUCCCGGUCCGUAGCGUCCCCGGCCAGCGGCAGGGCCGGACGAGUGCCCCGGCCACGCCUGACAUGCAGGGGCGGAGGGCCCAGUCGCAGUCUGUGAGGAUGGACUCCUUCCGGGCAGGGCCCCGCCGCCGCCCCACGCACUACACGGUGACCGUGCCCAGCUCCUGCUGGCCCCCGAGCGGGCCCCCGCGGCCGCCCCACGCGCCGCCCCACUCCUGCUCCGAGGACAGCGGCUCCGACGGCUCCAGCGUGUCCCACGCCACCUCGCCCGGCAGCAGCAGCCCGGACGUCUACGCCCUGCAGCCGCUGUCCCCGCCCCGGGCGCCCGGCUACCCCGGGGCCUGGGGCCCGGACGCCCCCCGCCCCUCGCUGCUGCUGCCCCCCGGGCCCUUCCCGGCCGAGCUGUACGUGCUGGUGCGCGAGGGCUGCCUGCCGCCCGGGGAGGCGAGCCACGCGGCCCUGGAGGAGGAGCGGCUGGCCCUGCGCCUGCAGCAGCUGCAGCACCUGCAGCAGCACGUGCGCCCCCGCGGGCGCCCGGCGCGCACGCCCUCCCUCAAGGACAGCCCCGCCGGCCGCGCGCUCUGCCGGGCGGCCGUGACCCAGGAGCUGCAGUCCUGGCACGAGCGAGCCCGCCUGCGGGGAGCGCGCCCCCACUCGCUGGACCGCCAGGGCGCCUUCCGCCUGCGCAGCCUGCCCCUGGGGCGCUCCCUGGGGCCCCGGACACAGGUGCCCGCCGUGUGUGUGCUGCGCCGAUCGCCCGAGGGGGCGCCCGUGCAGGUCUUCGUCCCCGAGAAUGGAGAGAUCAUCAGCCAGGUGUAGCCGUGGCCGGCGCCCUGGGCCCCCGAGAGUGCGCUGCUCCCCGGCGGGGCUGCGACCCCUCCUGUGCCUUCCGCAGCUCCCCCGCCCCCAUCGCCGGCCGAUGGCCUGGAGCUGAGACUUCCUUUUCUUUUUAAACCAGUUUUUGUUCAGAAGUCCUGGUCUGUGGGUUUAUAUUGUCGUUUGUUCCCAAGAUGGCUGUCCCGUGGCGGUGCCCCUCAGAGACUGGCCGACCGGCCCCGAGGCCCCCCGCCUGUCGGACUCACAGCGCGCCUCCGUACGCAGCCCGAGUGGCGGGGUGCGGGGGCAGCCGGGGCCACAGCGGGUGCCCCCACACUGCACCCUCUGGUUCCGAGAGCGUCCCUGAGAACAGCCGGCACCCCCGGCCCUGCUCCCCAGCUCUCUGGGCACCACAGCGGUGCUGGCUGGGGAGCCCCUGCCCCCCGACACUGUGCUCUGUGACGCACGCACCGAGCGAGGGCGCCCGGUCUGUGUCCUGGUGGAGGCCCGUCUUCCUGCCCCCUCCAGACCCUGCUCAGGGUCCCCGUCACUAAUGGCUCUCGGGGCCCCGUGGGCUCCCAGCGUUGGCUGGCCUCUGAGCCUUGGGCAUCAGGAGGCCGGGCGGGGGCCCAGCCCGCGGUGCUGGCCGGAGAACAGCUCACUGGGACCCCUGCGCGGGGCAUCCAGCCCCGUACAAACGCUGUGGACAUGCACAAACACUGUGGAGAGACGGUGUGCUCCAGGGCAGGUGGGCGUGGCCACGGCCCUCCCACUUCCCGCCUCGCCCCGCCCCGCCCAUCUGGGCCCUGAGAAUGUUCCGGUGCCAGGGCCAGCCCUUGUUUUCCCCGGCAGCGGGGAGUGCCCACGCCAAAGGGCGUCGACGACCGGUCCCGGCAGCCGGGACUUGAGUAGGCCUGGGUGGCUGGCUGAGACGGUCCCCUGUCCGGGGCCUCUGCUGCCCGGCGCGGUGCCCAGGGGGUGGGGGGCCCUGCUCCGAGGAGGCAGGCAGAAGCCCCAGAUGCUGAUUGCCCCCCCACGGGGAUCCUUCCCCUCCGAGGUCCCUGGAUGUGGCCAGCGGCACGGACGUGGCCGCAGCCUCCAGGACACCGAUGCCUGACCCCCAAGAGGCCCUGCUGUCCUGCUGGACAGAGGCGGUGCUGCCCCGGGGGCCGGCGGUCCGAGGGCUGAGGGAGGAGGGGGCACCUGCAUGCGCGAAUGUCCUCCUUUGGCUGUUGUCCUCGCCCAGUGUGUCUCUGAGCCCCUCCCCCGGCCCAGCCGCCUCCCCGCCCAGUGUCCUCCGGGGCACC